AUGUGGGGAGACUUCAAUGUUGAAUGGUCCUAUUUGGAUGCUAAUGGAGCUUCGGGUGGUAUUCUUACCAUGUGGAAAAAAGAAUUCUUCUCUCUAAACUUUAGUUUUAGAGGCGAAGGAUUUCUUGGACUAUGUAUGGAGAAGGAGGGUAAACUUAUCUACUUUGUAAAUGUUUACGCCUCUUGUGACAAAGUUACUAGAAGGAGAACUUGGAAAAAAAUAUGUGAGUUCAAGAACAAUAACAUUGAAGGAUCUUGGUGCAUUGGUGGUGAUUUCAACGCUAUAUCUCCUUUAGGUGAAAGAAUUGGAGUUCCUAAUAGCGGAAAUUGUAGGGAGAUAAAUUUCUUCAACGAGUUCAUAGAGGAAAUGGACUUGGUGGAUCUUCCUGCUAUAGGUGGCAUGUUUACUUGGUUCAAAAGUAAUGGGAAGGCGAUGAGUAGGCUUGAUAGAUUCCUACUUUUGGAGAGUUUUAUUGAAGAUUGGAAGGUGGAUGGGCAACAUAUAGGCGAGAGGGAUGUGUCCGAUCACACUCCCAUUUGGUUGAAAGACAAUAGAAAGGAUUGGGGCCCUAAGCCGUUCAAGUUUAAUAACUUGUGGUUCAAGCAUGAAGAGUUUGAUAGUUUUGUGGAAGAGGAGUGGAGCAAAAUGGUUGUUAAAGGGAGGGGAGAUUAUUGCUUGGUUGAAAAGUUGAAAACUCUCAAAAGUCGGAUCUCUUGGUGGAACAAAUCGGUCUAUGGGUGGAUAGACCUCAAAAUUGACAAAGACGUGAAAGAGAUGCAUUCUUUAGAUAACUUGUUUAUUCAUUUUGCAGGGGAUGAUAACACACGUUUCUUUCAUAAUUCCUUAAAAGAUAGAAGAAGAAGGAAUGCUUUAUGCUCAAUCGAGACUAGGAGGGGAAGGAUGGAAGAGGUCACGGAGAUUAAAGACUUUAUAUUUAAGCACUUUGAAGGAUUCUUUAAAGAAGAGGCAUGCUUUAGACCGGAGCCACAUGGGAUUAAUUUGAAUGCUUUAUCGAUUGGAGACUCCUUGGAUCUAGAAAAACCUUUUUCCAGAGAAGAGGUCAAGGAUGCUAUUUGGUCGUGCGACGGGAACAAAAGUCUGGGUCCGGAUGGUUAUUCUUUGGAAUUCUUUAAAAUAUUUUGGCUUCUUCUUAAUGAUGAUUUGAUGAAGUUAUGCAAUGAUUUCCACUUAAAAGGAAGGAGCAUGAUGGAUGGGGUUCUAAUGGUAAAUGAGAUUCUUAAUUGGGCAAAAAGAAAAAAGAGGGGGUGUCUUGUACUCAAAGUGGAUUUUGAAAAGGCUUACGAUUCUAUUUCUUGGAAUUAUGUUAGGUGGAUUAUGGGAAGAAUGGGGUUCGGGAAGAGAUGGUUGAAAUGGAUGGAAUCUUGUAUCUUCACUAGACACGUGUCCGUUUUGGUGAACGGUAGUGCUACCAAAGAAUUUAAAGUUCAAAAAGGUUUAUGUCAAGGUGAUCCGAUUUCUCCUGUUCUCUUUGUCAUUGCUAUGGAAGGUUUUAGUGUUCUCAUGAAGAAAUCGGUGGAGGUAGGGGACUUUAAACCGUUCAAAUAUGGAGAAUAA